GCACUACCCAACCAAUCAAAUGCUUUAUACUGAACUUUUCUCUAUUUUAAGCUUUGGGGAAGCUUGUACUUACGCAUGGUAAACCAUUUAUCAAUAGCUUUAUGAUCCAUAUCUCGUCGAGGUCAGGGGCCUUGAAAAAAGAAUAUCCCCCUGUGAGAUUGUAUAAAGUCGGCCAAAAUCCCCUAAAGUAUUAUCUUCGUAACCCUUUUGUCUCAAGCUCAUCCUCAAUCGGAAUACCCCAUUGCUACAUAUCACAAAAACUUCAACAUGGUCCCUGUUAAAUUUGCCGCGGCCACCCUUUUCUUUGCGUCAACGGCUUUAGCCCAUUUCAGAAUCCCAUACCCCGGUGAGAGAAAUGCCACCAACUGGGAUACCCAAACCACUGGCCCGUGUGGCGGCGACAACAGUGUUGUCGAGCCAAGAUUCCUCUUCAACCCGCUUGGCUCUCCUUUGGACUUGAACAUGAAGCACAACUUGUCCGUUGGCCAAGUCCGCUUUUGUCCAGGUGACGACUGUACCACUCAGGCAGACUUUUCUGUUAUUCUCGUCGAUUCUUACGAGCACAAGGGUGUUGGUAACUACUGUAUUCCAGCUGUAUUGAUUCCAUUCCCGGAUGGUACCAAUGGUACCAUCCAGGUGAUCUAUGCCGGUACUGGCGAUGCUGAGGGCGAAUACGACCACAUGUUCAACUGUCUCGAUGUAACUGUCUCUAGCGAGGGUGAGCAAUUCUCUGGACAAUGCACUAACUCUUCCAACGUGGCAAUUACUCCAAUCCAUCUCGAUUCCAACCUUGUUGCCAACGCUACCAAUAUCACUAUUCUUAACAGUUUCUACGAAUCCACUAUGAGUGCCGCAGCCGCAGCUUCUGCUACCGCUACCGACGGUGGCAUGGCUGGUAUGGAUAUGAGUGACAUGUGCGGUAUGGCGGGUAUGAGUGACAUGCCUGGAAUGUCUUGUCUGACUACCGCUGUUGCCUCCGCUACUCAAUCUGUUGCUAUCACCACUCGUGCCGUGUCAUCCGCUAGUGUCUCUUCCUCUGCAAAAUCUACCAGCUCUUCGAAAUCCGCCGGAAGUGCCGAUUCUUUAAGAAUGGGCUGUUUGGCUGGUGUUGCAGCCUUCGCCGCAGCAUUGCUCUAAUUAUGAAGCGAGUAUAGAUACAUAGACAUGAGGUCCGUUAGAUAGUCAGUUGUGUUUCCGUGAACCUUCGUUUGAGUUUUAUAUCAAUGCAAAUUCUUCCUGAACCCAUUCCAAUUACUUUAGGUACCCCCUACUUUAUGAGGUUAAAGGCACGCGGGUACAUAUCAUGCCACUUUCUAGCUAGUACUCCUGGGAACAUCCUCUGUAUUAUGGGUGUCUACCCCAUUACUCUCAAGUCUCGGCCCUAUAACUUAUUACCUGAGUCUUUAAUUUGUGUUUCAUCUCCGGAUCUGGAGGUCCGAGAUUAAUUGUGAGCUAUAAAAAUGGAUGCAUGUACGCACCAGUACGCUGUACUUAUCUAAUUUUAGUUGGU